AUGGAAUCGUAUCCAGCAACAAAAGCGAAUGAACCUUCACUGCCCAUUCCAGGAGAAAGCCGGCUGCGCAGGGCACCUGCCUUGACCCAGCCCUCGGAAGAAUCUGGCUGCGCCUGGCUACGCGGUCUCCUAGCAACCGAAAAACAAACCAGUGAAGCUGGUGGUCGCCUGGGCGCCAGAGGUACCAUGGCGGACAAGAAGUGUCCGCUGGAACGAAUGCCCUUGGGCAUGAACUGCAAGCCCUGGUACAAAGACAGGUUAACUUCCAAGUGUUUCCCAAAGCACCAGAACAAACUUCUGAAGUUCCCCACCUCCCUGGACAGCCGGCGGUGGAUAUUUGUAAAAGAGGGCCUGGACGACUUCAGGAGGGGAUGUCCACCUUGUGAAGAUCUGAUCACUCGCGGCCCUAAGGAAGGCUUUCUUCCCAUGAUUGCUCGCAGAGUUCCCAAACCUGCCCCCACAAAGAAACAGAAAAAGCUGACCAAGGAAGCAGGCCUGUUUUCCACACUGUUGCCAGCCCAGCUAGCACGGAGGGCGUUCGUAGAGGACAUCGAAGCCCACCUGACCAAGCAUCCCUUGGCUCUCUACCCAAGUCUGGAGAAAGAUCUACCUCCAGACCUCUUAUUAAAGGUGCUGGAAGUUCUCGAUCCUGACAAGAAGCUGAAGGACACGUGGGCUUAUUGCCAGAACACCGAGAAAAGAACGAAGUCCCCCACAAAGCUUAGGGAGAAACGUCCUGCCAAAGUCAACCUGGAACUUCCCAAGAAGACUCCCGGGUCACAUCCAGACAAGUUGCCUCAUGAAGAAAGGAAGUCAAGCACAAAGGAUUUGCUCGAAAGUCCUCCCCUUCCUAGAAAAAUACCGAGAGGAAUCCGUAAAUUCUGCGAAUGGGUUGCUACUUUUGGAGACUUGGGCAUUGAUGAAGAGCUCAUCAUGAAACAGCUUGACAUUGGUAUUGACUGCAAACCAACCUAUGACAAGAGCCACACGAAGAAAAUAAACCAGGUUGCUUUGGACCUAAAGUACAGAACAGGGAUAGAUAAAAUGGAGGAUCUAAAAUUCUCCAUGUACUGGGAGAACUGGGAGAGGAAACUACAGACACCACGGAAUCCGUAUAAACCCAACUGGGUGAAGAUGAGGUAUGGAGCAUGGUACUUGAAGCCCAAGUUGUGGAAAAAGCUAAUAAAUGAUGAACCUUUGAUUGAUCCCAAGGUCUUACUUGGACAAGAUGGGAGAUAUGGAAAGAAUUUUCCUGAACAGGAUAUUCUUGAAGAUCUUUAUGGAACAAUUGCUUUUAAAGACUUCAUUCUAAGCAAGGGCUACAGGAUGCCAGGCUGCAUUGAGAAGCUGUUUACCAGGAAGGGAUGGAAAUACGAUUCUGUUAGGACUCCAAUACACAAAGUAAUAAAAAUGAACCCAAACGUAGAAGAAGAUGAACACGAACGUGUUUAG